CAUGCGUGAUCACAUGGGCAAACAAAAUGGCAGCGUCCAUGUUUCUGCAGUUUAUGCGCACGUAAGCGGAUGAUAACAACCAACACCACAUCGAAAUGCGAAAGAAUAAAGGGAGUGGCGACGAUACCGCUGAGACGAAACGAAACAUCACGUUUGUCCACCUCGACCUUGGUGUAGGAGGUGCGGAAAGGCUCGUCGUAGAUGCAGCCCUGGCACUGAAGUGUUUAGGCCACAACGUCCAGUUUGUUACUACGCAUCAUGACGAAAGCCAUUGCUUCCCCGAAACCGCAGACGGUUCUUUCCCUGUCACUACAGUUUGUGACUGGAUGCCGAGAAGUGUUUUUGGUAUUUUUUACGCAGUGUGCUCGUACUUUCGCAUGAUAGCAGCAGCACUGUAUAUCGUCUGCUUCAGCGACAUGAAACCGGACAUCGUCGUCUGCGAUCAAGUCUCCGCCUGCAUACCAUUUUUAAAACUAGGCAAACACAAAGUGGUUUAUUACUGUCACUUUCCGGAUUUAAUGCUCACAGAUCGUAAAAGUUUCCUUAAAAAAUUAUAUAGAUGGCCAGUGGACAGGAUUGAAGAAUGGACCACAGGCAUGGCUGACGUGGUGCUCGUUAACAGUCACUUUACCGGCCGCGUUUUUCGUGAAGCGUUCCCGUCUUUAAAAGACAUUCCAAUUAAGGUAGUAUAUCCUACAGUAGGCCUGGCUUUGCUGGACAGCCCACUGGAAGGAACACUGGAAGACGUCGGAAUCAGAUCGGACGGCGCGGUGUUUCUUUCUCUCAACCGCUACGAGAGGAAGAAGAAUGUUGGCCUGGCCAUACAUGCAUUGGGUCUUGUCAGGGAACAAGCACCAGCGCACCUAAUCGUCGCUGGUGGCUACGACCAGCAGUGCCGAGAGAACGUUGAACACUACGAAGAACUGCGAACACUAGCCAAGAAACUGGGGCUGGAAGACCACGUCACGUUCCUAAGGUCUCCGACCGACAAGACCAAACAACUUUUACUCCACAGUUGCCGAGCUGUCAUCUACACGCCGGAGCGGGAGCACUUCGGCAUCGUUCCGCUCGAGGCCAUGUACAUGCGACGAGCGGUCGUCGCCUGCGACAGCGGAGGGCCCACCGAAACGGUUGGCCACGAAGAAACCGGAUACCUGUGCAAACCGGAACCGGGAGACUUUGCGCAGGCUAUGGUUAGACUUGCCAAGGACAGGAGUCUUGCGCAAGAAAUGGGGAUCAGCGGCCGCGAGCGGGUGCUGGCGCUGUUUUCGAGGGACAGGUUCAUGCACGAGCUGGCCAACGCCAUCGACCUGGCGCGUACUUCCGCGGAUGAAGGUCAUUCUCGCAGAUGAAGGUCGUUCCCGCGAAUGAAGGCCUUUCCCGCGGGAGACGUUGAAACGUGUCUGCGGGUAAUGUCGACAAAAAAAGUUACGAGUUUGAAUAAAAACUGCGGAGUAGUUGAGAAAAUUA